AUGGACGAUUACGAAAGUGUAUUACUUGUUAUCCGCGAAUGCUUCGUAUACAAAUUGCCACCUAGGAAUUCUAGUAAAGAAGCCGAAGAAUGGGGGGAUUUACAAGCAUAUCUCUGGAAAGGGCGGCUAAGAAUAAUUGUUAUUGGAGAAAAAUGUUUUAUAAGACUUGAGGACGGAACUACGGGUGAAUUAUUCGCCGAAUGUCCUUAUGAUCCUAAUAGUAAUUCAGUUGAACCCGUUCGGGAUUCGAGUCGAUAUUUUGUUUUACGUGUAGAAGACAAAGGACGACAUGCAUUCAUUGGUAUGGGUUUCCUAGAACGGUCAGAUGCAUUUGAUUUUCAGGUGGCAUUACAAGAUCACAUAAAGUAU